AUGUUCAAAAAUCAGUAUCAGGGUGGCCCAUUUGUUGAAGUGUUCAGUGCUCAAGGCAAGAACCCAGAAGCAAAAUGGAAGAUUUUUGGCAAUCCAUCAGCUAUACGGAAAGAGUAUGAUAAAGAAGUAAAAGGCUUUGUUUUUGUACUUGAAGGAAGCAGUCAAAACAAAAUGCAGCUACCAAAGAAAACUAGACAAACUUUGAGGCUGAUCCAGCAAUUUCUGACACUUCAGAUUUUUGUGCCACUGGGACAGGACUUCUCCACUGAGUUACUGAUAACUGAUUUAGGAAAUAUUAAAAGAAGAUUGUAUUUAUCAACAGUCCACAAGGAGUUGUCUGUAACCCCUCUGCAUGCAAAAAUUCCUCUGUUUAUGAUCAAGCGCAAAAUAUGGUGCAAUAUGUGUAUUGACUUGGUAGCAUUCGCCAGUGAAAUAUUCAGAGGAGCUGUCUUCCAGUCUUUGGAUGGAAUUGUUAUUUCAGCUAACUGUAAACUGAGAAAGAUCUUCACUUUAAAAUCCAAGCCUCAAGAUACAGCUGAGGAAGAUGAUUUUUUCUCCUCUCAGAUGAAUGAUGAGUCCACAGAUGUUAUUCCUCGAACCUGCCAGCUAAAUACAGAUGUGCCACAAGUUACACAAUUGCUGGACCUCACUAAAAUUCACAAGCCAGAAAUAAAAUGCAGGAGAUAUCCAAUAACAGUGCAAGAAACAGGUAGCUUGAUUAAUAGAGGACAAGGUAAUAUAUUCAGCUGUAAAACUCGGGAUGUAUCGCAUAUUGCAUUUGGAUCAAAGAUCCUUGGGCCACCUCCAUCUUCAAACAGAAGAGUCAGUACAAGGAUACGUGGAGAGGUAACAAAGACCUGGGGCAGCAAAAGUAAUAGAUCAUGCCGACUUCAAAGUUCAGGAAAGGAAACUGAAUCCGUGCAAGACAUUGAGAGAUUGGAGCUAUCAUUCUCACGGUACGAUGAUUCCUUCGAUCAAGGAGGCAAAAGAAAUGUUCACCAAACACCUAAGGAUGUAUGUCAAGAUGAUGAAUGGGUGUUUCCGGAAAGUUUCGCUGAGAUGAUUCAGUUGGAUAGGAGUGAGCAGUUCGUACCUACUGAAAAUUCAGCCUGUCAUAAUUUAAAGUCACCUCAAAAUGCCUCUGUUGAACAUCACAGCAAUGAAACGGUUGAUCACCAAGUGAAUAAUAAAGAGAUUUUCCCAUUUGCAUCACAACCUCAAUCAGCUUCUCAUGGGAAGUCUCCAAAUAUGUCACCAGAAUGUUGCAUUUUCCCUUUGGAUUUGAAGCAAGACAGUAACAGAGUACAUGGGAAAACCCAAAUUGAAGAUAACUUUCAAGGAACUGACAGCGGUGAAGAGGAGUAUGAUUGGAAAAAUUACCAGUCAAAUAGACUGAGUUCAUCUGAACUUCAGAUGCUGGCUAGCAUGAAGAGACAACAAAAUGAAGAAUUAAGAGAUACUGCGAUCGCACACGGGCUGAGCGCAUCACAGGUAGACAACUGCAAUGUUAGCAUAAGUACAAGCAGUGAUGAUACAGCAACCUGGACCUCUUGUUUCCCACCACCCAUCAGUCAGGAGCAUCACUAUCAGGAAGAAAUGAGCCCGCUUUCCCGUUCCAACCCACGAGACUGGUUGAACAUGUUCAGUCCUCCCAUCAUUCCUGGAAGACAACAGCUGGAAGAGCACACUAAAUCUUCAACGAAUCAGAGUAUUUCAGGUGGAGAUGACCUCAGUGCUGAAGAAGAUGAUGAAGUUUUGACUCUUUUGUAUGAUCCGUGUCUGAACUGUUACUUUGAUCCCGAUUCUGGGAAGUACUAUGAAUUGGCAUAG